GCCCCCCCCCCCCUCCCCCGCCCCCGCCAUUGUGCCUGGGAGCGCGGGGCGCGCGCGCGGUGCCGCGUGACGCCCGGGGAGCGCGUGCGGGCGGGCGGGCGCGAGGCGGCGGGCCUGGGCCAUAGACGCUGGGCCGGAAGGAGAGGCGAGGGUGGUGGCUAGAGCGUCGCCCCACAGUCCGCCGCGGGAGUCCGCCAGGCAGCCGCGCCGCGACCGCGCCCGGACAAAGCCGCCGCUGCCGCCGCCCCGCCCCAGCCCCGCCCCGCCCCGCCAGCAGCCCCCGCCGCGGAGCCAUGUCGGCCAGCAGCCUCCUGGAGCAGAGACCCAAAGGCCAAGGCAACAAAGUGCAAAAUGGAUCUGUGCAUCAGAAGGAUGGGUUAAAUGAUGAUGACUUUGAACCCUACCUGAGUCCCCAGGCCCGGCCGAAUAAUGCAUACACUGCAAUGUCCGAUUCCUACUUACCAAACUACUACAGUCCCUCCAUUGGAUUCUCCUACUCCUUAGGCGAAGCUGCCUGGUCUACGGGGGGUGACCCACCCAUGCCCUACCUAACCUCUUACGGACAGCUGAGCAACGGGGAGCCUCACUUCCUCCCAGACGCGAUGUUCGGGCAGCCAGGGGCCCUUGGCAGCACUCCAUUUCUCGGGCAGCACGGCUUUAACUUCUUUCCAAGUGGGAUUGACUUUUCAGCUUGGGGGAAUAACAGUUCUCAGGGACAAUCCACUCAAAGCUCUGGCUAUAGUAGCAAUUACGCCUAUGCCCCUAGCUCACUGGGUGGAGCGAUGAUUGAUGGGCAAUCUGCCUUUGCUAACGAGACUCUGAACAAGGCUCCCGGCAUGAACACCAUCGACCAAGGGAUGGCAGCUCUGAAGCUGGGCAGCACAGAUGUUGCAAGCAGCGUCCCAAAAGUCGUUGGUUCGGCUGUCGGUAGCGGAUCCAUUACCAGUAACAUCGUGGCAUCUAACAGUUUGCCUCCAGCUACUAUCGCUCCUCCAAAGCCGACUUCCUGGGCUGACAUCGCUAGCAAACCGGCUAAGCAGCAGCCCAAGCUGAAGACCAAGAAUGGCAUUGCAGGUUCAAGUCUUCCACCACCUCCGAUAAAACAUAACAUGGAUAUUGGAACUUGGGAUAACAAAGGGCCGGUGGCAAAAGCCCCGUCCCAGGCUUUAGUUCAGAAUAUUGGUCAGCAGCCAGCCCAGGUGUCCCCCCAGCCUGUGGGACAGCAGAUCAAUAACAGCCCACCCGUGGCACAGGCUUCGAGCGGGCAGCAGCCACAGCCGCUGCCCCCGCCGCCGCCACAGCCGGCCCAGCUGCCCGUGCCGCAGCCGGCGGCUCAGCCCACCCGCUGGGUUGCCCCUCGUAAUCGUGGCAACGGGUUCGGCCAAAAUGGAGUGGACGGUAACGGAGUGGGACAGUCUCAGGCCAGUUCUGGUUCUGCUCCUUCGGAGCCGCACCCGGUCUUGGAGAAGUUGAGAUCUAUCAACAACUACAACCCCAAGGAUUUUGACUGGAACCCAAAACACGGCCGGGUUUUCAUCAUUAAGAGUUACUCUGAGGACGAUAUCCACCGUUCCAUUAAAUAUAACAUCUGGUGCAGUACAGAGCACGGCAACAAGAGACUGGAUGCCGCCUAUCGCUCCAUGAACGGGAAGGGCCCUGUUUACUUACUGUUCAGUGUCAACGGUAGUGGUCACUUCUGCGGAGUAGCAGAAAUGAAAUCUGCUGUGGACUAUAACACGUGUGCGGGUGUGUGGUCCCAGGACAAGUGGAAGGGACGUUUUGAUGUCAGGUGGAUUUUUGUGAAGGACGUUCCCAACAGCCAGCUGCGGCACAUCCGCCUAGAGAACAACGAGAAUAAACCAGUGACCAACUCCAGGGACACUCAGGAGGUGCCACUGGAAAAGGCUAAGCAGGUGUUGAAAAUCAUUGCCACCUACAAGCACACCACCUCCAUCUUUGAUGACUUCUCACACUAUGAGAAACGCCAAGAGGAGGAGGAAAAUGUUAAAAAGGAACGCCAAGGCCGUGUCAAGUAAAAGGCCAUUCCUCCCACAGAGACUGCAGCAGAGAUUGCAACCCGGCUGUCUUUCAGAGAGAGAAAGAAAGAGCAAAAAUAUCCCAGAGAGAAUUAGGACUUUUUUUUUCUUAAUUUCAUUGACUUCAAAAAGACUCUUAUAAACUUGCAGUUUAAAAAAAAAAAGAAAGAAAAGUAUUGGAAUUUCACCAGACAUAGGAGUUAAAAAAACAAAAACAACAAAAAAAAUCCCUUCUAGGUAGAGUAUAGGUAAAAACUGUCCCCUUUCUUUUGGCUUUGGUUGUGAUUUCAGAGCAUAUGCUUUGUUUUUUGUCUUUUUACUAUGGUUUUUUCGGAUUUUAAAGUCCGUAAGUGGCACAUGCCGCCUUUUUUCUGAUUUUUAAACCCCGCCGCUUCCCUUCCUUCCACCCCCUCGCGCCUCCUUCCCCUGGUUUUGACAUUUGCACUUGGAACACCGAAUUGUAACAUCUACCACGGAAAGUGGAAUAACUUUUGUUUAUUUCUUUCUUCCCCCCUGGCCUGGAAGAGGAGGAGUUCUAUGAGGAAGUUGGGGUUUUGGCCUAAGAAGAAUUGAACAGAAAUUGUCCAUGAGGUUGUGUCUUAAAGGUGGUUCAUUUUUCUCUGACCCUUUGUUACUCAAAGUCAAGUACUAGGAGUCCUAAGAAAUGUUCUGUUCUUGUGCAUUAUACGGAUUUACAGAUUAAGCCUGGAUUAAUUUGAUUUUGAAAGCUGAGAACAGUGGUAAAAACUUGUUUUGUUUACAGGAAAAUGAAUUUUGGACAAAAAAAAAAAAAGAAAUAUUGUAAAAUGUGUAGUGAAUAUGUUUCUUCAGUUUCUUGUUAAGCCAAUGAGGAAUGGGCGUUGCCUUUCUUUUCACCAUUAAUCACUUCUCAAUAAUAAACGUGAGAUCCUGUUGAGCAUCA